AUGCUUCAAGAGGAGAGAGCCGUGUUGGAAGCUCAAAGGCGCCGCCACUUGGACGAAGUGAGCGCCGAAAGAGAUCGGCUUGCACAAACCGCGGCCCGGCAGCGUACCGAAUUCGAUGAUAAGCUGUCUGAACAGACGGAGGCCCUUCGCCGACUGUCUGAAGAUCAUCGUAAGGAGGUAGAGAGGAUUAGGCAGGAGCUAGAGGACAAACACAAGUCGGAAAUCACUGCCAUCGAAGCGAAGACGGCCAGUGAGAAAGCGGCAUGCGAAGAACGCAUAACAACAGUCUGGCAGACGCAAGCAAGUAGCCGUGAGCGUGAACUUCGUGAACACUUGAAGCGCGAACGGGAUAAGCAGCUGGAAAUUGCGGUGCACAAAACUUACUUUAUGUCAAUAUAA